AACUUCGAAUGUGUUUAUCCUGCUGAACUUGAACUUGUUCUGAAAUUUUCAAUUCCACAGUAAGAUACAAAAAUAUUUUGCAUAUCCAAACAUACGUUUCUGUACAUUGUAUGUUAUGAUAUUUUAGUAAUUAUGUCCUCAAAACUUUUAAAUUUUAAUGUAGGUGUUUUGGGCCACAUUGAUAGUGGUAAAACCUCUCUAUCCAAAGCUUUGAGUACUAUUGCAUCUACUGCAUCUUUUGAUAAAAAUCCACAAAGUCAAGAAAGGGGUAUCACUAUCGAUCUUGGAUUCUCGUCUUUCAGUGUAAAUAUUCCUGAUCACAUAAAAAAAUCGAAUCCAGAAUACGAAAUUCUGCAGUUUACAUUAGUUGAUUGUCCUGGUCAUGCCUCUCUUAUCAGGACUAUUAUUGGUGGUGCUCAGAUUAUUGAUUUAAUCAUGCUUGUAGUAGACGUCACGAAAGGAAUACAAACUCAAACUGCUGAAUGUUUAGUAUUGGGAGAGAUAACUUGUGACCACAUGAUUGUUGUUUUAAAUAAAGUUGAUCUUCUUCCUCCAGAUAAAGCCGAACAGUCCAUUCAGAAAAUGUCCAAAAAAAUUCUUAAAACUUUAGAAAAGACAAAAUUCAAAGAUUCUGUUAUUGUACCGGUAUCAGCAAAUCCUUCGGAGUCAAAACCAAUUAAUAUUGAUUUAUUGGUUAAAACUUUGCAGCAACAUACGUACAUACCUCAUCGUUCUGAAAAGGGAUCUUUUGUAUUUGCUGUUGACCAUUGUUUUGCUAUAAAAGGACAAGGAACAGUAAUGACUGGUACUGUUAUACAGGGAAGUAUCACACUCUCUGAUUCCAUUGAAAUUCCUACUGCCAAAAUUGUACGUAAAGUUAAAAGCAUUCAGAUGUUUAAAAAACCAAUUACAAAAGCCAUGCAGGGAGAUAGGGUUGGGAUAUGUGUCACUCAGUUUGAUCCAAAAAUAUUAGAACGAGGUACUGUUUGUGCACCUGGUAUUAUGGAGACUGUUGAUGUGAUUAUUGUAAGUGUCCAUAAGAUUCCAUACUUUAAAGGGAAAUGCAUAACAAAUUCUAAAUUUCAUAUCAGUAUCAUGCAUGAUACAGUGAUGGCAAAAUGUUCAUUCUUCUGUUCCUUGAAUUCAAAUCAAAAUGAUGUGGAUAAUGCAAAUGAGUUUAAUUACAAUGAUGAUUAUGCAUAUUUAGAAGAAAUUCCAGAUAACAAUUUAUCUGAAGCUAAUGAACCAAGAUUUAUCUUUGCUGUGCUCCAGUUUGACAGACCAGUUAUUCUCAGCCAAAACAGUACUUAUAUUGCAUCAAAAUUGGAAACUGAUAUUCAUGCAAAUGUUUGUCGACUCGCCUUCCAUGGCAAGAUUUUAUCUGUAAUAGCAAAUAAAGUAGAUACUGAAGGUCUUUCAAAGCUAAAAGUGUAUAAAGAAAAGUCCAGGGAAGGUGUUGUUGAUCGAAUGGUUAAUGAGUAUCAAGUGAUUGUAAAAGAUUUAUUUAAAAAGGAAACAAACCUUCAGAUUUUCACAAAUUUAAAAGUUGUUCUUUCAUCUGGUGAGAUUGGAGUAAUCGAAGGAUCUUUUGGUCAGAGUGGAAAAGUGAAUGUUCGAAUACCAAAUGGUCUAUCUAAUGACACUAUAUCCAUCCUGAAUACAAAAAAGAAUAAAAAGGAGACUAUAAAGGAAAAGCCACAAGACAUAAAAGUGAUACUAAAGUUUAAAAAAUACAUUUAUGAUAGCAGGAAAAAAAUUUCCCAAUGUUAAUAAUUGUAUAAAAAUUUAGCAAUGUUUGUUAUAACUUUUAUUAAAAAUAAGAUUUAAUUCUAUCUUGAUUGUUAUUAAUUUCUUAUAAAGUUUAAGGUUAAGGUAAAGUUGCAGUAAUUAAUUUUUUUUUCUUCCUUGAGAUUAAAAAUUUAUGCAAUAAAAAUGUGUAAAAACUAUUAUUGAUUUAAAAUUUCUAACUGUAACCUAAUUGUAAAAAAUCAUUCUAGUGUUAUAAAAUUUCAAGUUUUAGAAAGAAUUGUGAACCUUUUUUCUCUACAGCUUGAAAUCAUUCAUUUUGUAUGGUGAAAUUACCUAUAAGUUGGGAGAAAUAGUGUUUCUGCGUUCCCUUUGAACCUGAAAAACUAAGUAAAGUAUUCUUAUUCAUUAGGAAAUCUAACAUGGAAAUCUUCUAUUUUUUUAUUCUAAAACUUUUCUUUUUUCUUUUAAUUGAAAAUUUUUAAUAUUUCCAUAAUAAAAUAACUUAGUACUUAUUAUAUUUCUUUCAAUAUCGACUUCCCAUAUAAAGGUAAUUAUUUAUAAAUAUAUUUUAGAUCAUUACUAUUGAUGCUUGAAAUUUAAAAUCCACUUACAAAAAUAGAUUUUAAAUUAUAAAUUGUUAUUUGUGAUUUGUUAAAUUGUUAUCUGUGAUUUAAUGUUCAAAAUAAAGAAAAUUUAACAUUUGAUUUGGAAUGAAAGAAUGAUUGAUGGCAGAUCUGUUUAAAUAUAUAUUUUGCUGCUGUUGAAGAUUCAAUAUAUCCAUAAAGUUUUUAAGACUCUAUUUAAUUUUAUUAAAACAAAAUAAUGACUUUAUCAACAGAUAAUUAUUAUUUAAUUAUAUGAGGAAUAACACAAAGUUCUGUGAGUUACACCAAAUGCUCAUACCUAUUUUUGAUUGUUUUUGUUUAAUGCUUUUAUUUAUGAGUUUAUAUUUAAUAUUAUCAGGGGUGUUUGUGCUCUGGGGAAACCCCGGAAUUCCGGGGAUUUUGAACUUCGAUACCCGGAAAUUCCGGGGAUCGUCGUUCAAAAGGAAGUAGGAAUAAUAAUGAAUUAUUUAUUUUGAUCUGGGUAAUUUUGUUUGCUUGAAAGCAGAAAACGCAAGGUCAGUGUGUGUGGUGAAAACUUUUCCUUUCUUUCUCCAAAGGCAGUGAUAAUGCGUGAAAAGGGGGGAAAAACUUCUUUUUUGUUCUUUCCUUAUUGCGAGUUAUGACUCAUUCCCCCGGUUCUCGGACAUUCUCUUCUGGAUUCUUUUCGGCACGUAGGCGCGGCAGAAAAAAAAGGGAGAGACUUCGUUCGACCAGAUGUGCGAUCACGUGACCUGGGUUCAAAGGUCUUAAUUUUGUAAAAUUAAUGGUUAUUAAUUUUGCAAAAAAAGUAAUUCAUUGAACUUUUAUAAUUAGGUCAUUCAAUACUUCAUAAUCGUAAUUUUUCAUUUCCCCCCCCCCUUCUCGAAACUCCAAAAUGUCGGUAGUAAGUCCGAAAAGUUUCAGGGGAUUUUUUGGGGUCCCACAAACACCCCUGUAUUAUUCUUGUUUCUUUUUGUUUUUUACACAUAAUCUUAAGCUGGUUUUUGUGCAAUUUUUUAUAAUCAAAUAAAAAUUUUGUUAUUUCGUUUA